AUGAAAUUAGGGAAAUUUUGGCUGUUUAUAGCUUUAGUAUAUGCAGUUACUACUAACUUAAAAUGUGAGCAUGUUGAUAAUAAACAAGAUGAUAUUAAUAAUACAGUGGGGACUAGUAAUAAGAUUGAUAAUGUAAAUCGAGAAAAGAUUUUAGAAAACAAUAUUAAUGAAGCACAUAGAAAAAUUAAAGAGUGUGAAAAUAAAAAAAAUGAGCUAGCUAUUCAAAUUAAAAGCGUUCAAAAUAGUUUAUAUGAAGAUAUAGAAAAUAAUAAGAAGGAAUUAAAUUUGUGCAUAUCUCAAAUGAAUGAAAAUGAUAAUUUUUUAAAAAAGUGUAAAGAAAAAGAAUUAAAACAUAGUGAAGAAUUGGAAAACAUAACUAAUGAAUAUAAUGAGAAUUUAAAUAAAAAAGAAAAAGAAAUAAAAAUUUUGGAAGAUAAAAUAAGUAGAUUAGAAAUUAAAAUAGCUAAUGCUGAAUAUAAAUUAAAUAAUUGCAGUAAAAAAUAUGACAAUUAUUAUUUUAAUAAUAGAUAUGAUGAAGCGGAAAAUUAUUUAAUAUCUUAUAAUAUGAUUAAGGGAUAUUAUUAUAAAAUUUAUAAAAUAUAUAAAACAUUUUAUAUCAUAAUAAUUGAAAAUACAUUUUUAUUGGAAAUAUUUAAACAAAUUUAUAUUUUAUAUUUUGACUUGAUUAAAUAUGCAAAAAUGUAUGGUACUUUGGCAAUUGGCAUAAUAUAUGAUCUUUAUGAAUUUAUACUAAACAAUACAAUAACAAGUACCCUUAUAAAUACAUAUAAUAACAACAUUUAUAAAUAUUAUCAUUUGUUUUUGAAAAAUAAAAUUAAUAAUAUCUUAUUACCUAACUAUCGUUUAGUUAUAAAACAUAUCAAGAAUAUAAUCCCGAUAUUAAUAACAUUAAAGGAAGCCUAUUUUAAAUAUGUAGAAUAUUUUAUUCAAAAAUUAAAUAUAAAUGCAGAAAAUCUAGUAAACAAAUUAAAUACAAUAAAUCCAGAAUUAAAGGGAGUAAUACCUAUUGGUUUACUUGAUCAAAUAAUAUUUUUAAUAUUUUUUACAAUCGUUAAUUUUAUUCAUAUAUAUAUAUUGUUUUAUAUUAUAUUUAUAUCCUCUAAAUAUUCUAUAAAAACUAUAAUAUGGUUAUCAGGAUGGGCACGCUUUUUUAUUUCAUCUAUAUUACAAUUCACGAUUUUUAUUUUGACAUUACCAAUUAGACCUUUUAUAUCAAAGAGGGAUAAUAAAAAUAGGAAGACAUACCGAAGACAUGAUGAUCAUUCUUAUGAUAAUUCAGAGAGACUAUCAUAUCAACAACAUGAUUAUAAAAAACUAUAUAAAAGCCAGAAUGCAUAUCAAAGAAAAUAUUAA